AUGCAAACAACGACCAACGCAGCGCUCUUCCAAACGUCCUAUUCCGAGGCUCUGGGAGCGUACCGAGCACGCAAAGCGAUCCACACGUCCGGCCUGGUCUCGCCUUCGUCCCAAUCCACAGUCGACCCGGCAGCCCGCUACGGCUACCCGAUCCACCUCCACCCACGCUUCGAAGAAGCGGUCAUCAACUCGCCCGAUGACCUGGCCGUCGAAGGAUCCGGCGCGGACGGGGGGCGGUACCGCGUGCUCUCGAUGCGUGUGAACGACCGGUGCAUCUACACAAGCGAAGCAGGAGGCGUGGUGCGACAGGUCGACGCGGAGAGCGGCAAGACACUGGCGCUGUACAGGGGUGCCAAGGCACCUGUCCCGGCCUUUGAUUUUGUCAACACCGACAGCGAGGGGGAGAGACUGCUCGUGACGGGGUCGUGGGACAAAGCGCUGCGUGUAUACCGCGUCGUAUCCCCCACAAGCGGCAAGGUCCAAAUGUGCGAUCCGGUGGCAGUGGUGCAAGACGCAAUGAUCGACUUUAUCAAAUGCGUGCACGUCUUCAAGUCCGCGGAUCGCACGUACAUCGCCACCGCCGGCAGCGACAAGAGCAUCAUGCUCUGGGACGCCUCACCCCUCACCUCCUCCUCUACCAUCCUCCAACCGCUGCGCUCCAUCCACCAGUCCAAGCCGCACACACGGCCCAUCAAUGUCCUCACCUCGCUUGUUGGGCUCGACGGCACCACGCGGCUGUACUCGGCAGACUCGAUGGGCCGCGUGCUUGAACACGUCCUCAACCCCGCUACGUCGAGGCUAGAGGUGGUGCGGGAGAUUACAGGGUUUACGACCUCGGUGUACGAUCUGCGCGUCGGGUGGACGCGCGUGGAGGUCGAGGGCGAAGAGUCGGCGGGCGGUGGAGCUGGUGGAGAUGCGUUCGUGAGUGAGGUGCGAGAAGACGAGGAAGGGGCGCGGUACAAGGAGGUGGCGGAGCUGUGGGGUGCGUCCGGGGACAAGAGCGCCGCUGGAUACAGGCUGUCGCCUCUGCUUCAGCCGCCUUCUGCCGCUUCGACUGGCAGGAGCUCGUCGACACAGCCACCCAUGGGGACACAACCACCACUCACGCAGCCCCACGUUCGACUCGCACACGACGACUUUGUGAAAACCGUCCUACCGCUCUCCCUCUACCUCGCCUCCGCAGACGCAGUCGUCACCGGCGGCAGCGACGAGCACCUCCGCCUCUUCCCCUCCCCGCCCUCGGACGAGGUCCACACGGUCGAAGCGCACUGGCACGAGGUCUCCGCUCUCUCGCUCUAUAUCCGCUCGCCCACCGCGCACACGACUGCAUCCACACUCCCUCCUCCCUCGACCGCACCCGCCGACCAAGCCGCACCCGCCGAGGCGUGGAUUGUCUCUGCCAGCCUAGACGGCUCGAUCCGACGAUUCAGGCUGACCAGCAUCCCCCGGCUGCCGGCGCCAGAACUUGUCCGCCCGUCGGCUGGGGAACAUAGCCCAACGGACCAAGCGUGGGACCAGUACUCGCUGCCGCCUGCUUCGACAGCGAACAAUAGGGGCCAGGACACGGUUGUGGGGGCAGGUGGAGGCGUUCAGAUGACGGCCGAGGAAGAAGCGGAGCUGGCCGAGUUGAUGGAUAGCGAUGACGAUGAGUAA